AUGUCUGACGCAGAGGAGGAUGCUCCUUUCAACAACGAGGGUUUUGAGGAAAACGAAGAAGUUGAAGAAGAAGAGGAUGAGGAAGAGGAGGAGAACCCGCCGAAGCCUUCACGGCGAGACUACGAUGAUGAUGAAGAGGAUGAAGAGGACGAAGAGGACGAAGAAGAUAUGGGCGCUGAACGAGGGAAGAAGCGACCAAAGCGAACGAAGAGGUCGGCUGUCGGCCGCUUCCUUGAUGUCGAGGCUGAAGUAGACGAAGAUGAAGAGGAUGAGGACGAGGAGGACGAGUAUGCUCGUGAUGAAUUUGUCGUUGGUGGUGAGGCCGAUGAAGACGACCUUGCUCGAAGAGCAGCGGACCAUGCACGGUUUGACAGGCGGGAACGAGAGCUCGACGACCAAGACCUCGCCAAGAUUGCGGAAGACGUUAGCCAACGUUACAGACGAACCGCUGUGCGCUAUUCAGGUGAUAUGAGCGACAUUCCACAGCGUUUGCUCAUGCCAUCCGUUCACGACGCCAAUCUCUGGCAAGUUCGCGUUCGACCCGGAAAAGAGAGGGAUCUAGUGUUUAGUCUUAUGAGGAAGGCUAUUGACUUGGAAUACUCAAAUCGACCCCUGCAAAUUGUCUCAGCGUUUCAACGUGACUCUCUUCCCGGUAUGAUAUAUGUUGAAGCGCGGAGUGCUAAGCAAGUCAGCGAUGCUUGCAACGGACUGGUUGGGAUCUACCCUAGUCGCGGUAUAAUCCUCGUUCCAAUUGAGGAGAUGGCUAGUUUACUCCAGAUCAAGAAACAAGACCUGACUGUUACUCCCGGAAGCUGGGUGCGCAUACGACGAGGGAAGUACCAAGGCGAUAUUGCGCAAGUCAUGGAUAUCACGGAGAACGGUGAAGAAGUUGGGCUUAAAUUCAUCCCGCGUAUCGACUUAAACCCCAAAGACGAUGGAUCUGUCGAGAUUAUGGGUAAGAAACGAAAGAAAGGUCCGACUGGCAUUUCAUCGUCCAGCAUGCGUCCACCACAACGAUUCUUCAACUACGAAGAAGUUGUCAAGGUGUAUGGACGCAAGGCAGUAUCGAAGCGAAACCAGGUCUAUGUGUUCCAGAACGAAACUUACAAGGACGGCUUCAUAGAAAAGGACUUCAAGCUCGCUGGCCUCCAACUUGACAAUGUCAAUCCCACGCUGGACGAGAUUACGCGUUUCACGCACGGUCAAGAUGGCGCAGAAAACGAUGCCAAUGUCGAUCUGUCCAUUAUUGCUGAAGCUUCUCGGAAGGCUGCAAUAUCAGUUCUACAGCCUGGCGAUCAUGUGGAGGUAUUCGAGGGAGAACAGUCGGGUGUCCAUGGAACGGUACAUUCAAUUGAACAAGAUAUUGUUUCCAUCCAGCCAGUCGGUGUCGACUUUGAUGGCCAGCGGAUACAGUUACCAGCAAGAAGUGUUCGAAAGCGGUUCAAGCCCGGAGACCAUGUAAAGGUCAUGACAGGUCAGAAUGCCGAUGAAACGGGUCUAGUUGUCUCCGUGUCUGCCAAUGUCGUCACUUUCCUGUCUGACAUGUCCAUGCAAGAGGUAUCCGUUUUCUCAAAAGAUCUUCGUGAAGCAGCCGAAGUCGGGACUGGAACCAAUGUCGUCGGGAACUAUGAGCUCCAUGAUCUUGUUCAACUCGAUAUGCAGACUGUGGGGGUCAUAUUCAAGACUGAGCGAGACUCGUUCCGAGUUUUGGAUCAGAAUGGUCAAGUACGCCUAGUCCAACCGCAUCAAAUUUCCAUGCGGCGAGACUCGAACAGAGCGAUCGCCACCGAUGCCGAAGGCCACGAGCUGCGCGUGAAUGAUAACGUGAAGGAAGUGGACGGCGAGGGAAGGAAAGGUCGAGUCCUGCAUACCCACCAAUCCUUCUUCGCCUUCCUGCACAAUCGUGACUAUAAUGAGCACGGUGGUGUAUUCGUUACGCGUGCACGUUCCCUGGUGUCCGUAGCGCCCAAGGGAAACAUUAUGAAGUUAGGCGCAGCGGACUUGUCCAAAAUGAACCCUGCGCUCAGCGGUGGUGCCAUGGGUGGCAUGGUUGGCUCUGGUAAUAUCGGUCGUGGUCCACGAGAUCGUCUCAUCGGUGUUCCUGUGACUGUUGUCAAAGGUCCCAGCAAGGGGUACAUUGGGACCAUCAAAGAUACAAAUGGAGCCAUUGCGCGAGUGGAGCUCAAUACGGGAAACAAGGUUAUCUCCAUCGACAAGAUGAAACUCAUGUGGAGGAAACCACCGACCGGUGUAUUGGAACCUCUCGAGAAUGCGAUUGCAGGCCGCCCUUCCCAAGGGGGUGGCAGUACACGGACACCAAACCCGUACAAUAACAGGUCGUCUUUCGGUCAGCGCACGGGGGCACAAACACCUUGGGACAACCGUACGCCUGCGUGGGAAACGAACCGUACACCAAAUCCUUACGCUGCGGCGGGGAAGACACCCGCAUGGAAUGCAGCUUCUCGUACCCCCAAUCCGUAUGCUGAUGGCGGGCGGACACCAGCGUGGAACUCCGCGUCGCGCACGCCGAAUCCAUACACAAAUGGUAAUGCGAGCCCUGCGCGACCGGCCGGAGGCGCGUGGGGAGGUGCUACACCUGGUAGGUCGGGCUGGGGCGGUGCUGCAUCGCCGAGACAGACAGGGUGGGCGUCGCCGGCAAGACCUUCAGGGGCGUGGGCUGAAGCCCCUUCAGGUCCCUGGUUACUUAAGACAGUCCAGGGCGAGCCACCCCUCAGUGCGCCCACCCCUGGAUUUGCUCCUUAUACGCCUGGAGCCGAUUUGGGUGUAACCCCCGCUGCCGCCGCAACACCAGGGGUCUUCGACGCCUACGCUGACCUCCGGACGCCAUUAGCUGUGUUCAGCGAUCACCGGAAUGCCGUCAGCACGCCUGGCGUUUCCGUCGGAAUGUUUGCGAACCAGGAGGGCGAAUUUGAACUCCCAUUGCGAUGGUUGCUUGAAACAGACAUCUCGAACAAACGAGGAAUGAUGGUGGAAGUCAGAAGUAGUCACGGCGCUAAUGGCUGGUAUAACGGCGAAUAUGAGGGCAAGCAAGGAGUAGUGCUCUCCAUAUUUGACACGCACAGCGAACAGUUCCCUUCGACCGCGCGCGUCCAGUUCCCAGAGCCCUUAGACCCAUCGCAACCCAUCAUACAGGUGCCCGUGGAGGUGCUCGCACCAAUACACCCGGAAAAACCCAACGAAGAGGUGUUGAUUCUGCAUGGCCCACAGAAAGGCCAAAUGGCAAAAGUCAACAUGGUGGAGCCGGGGGGGACGAUGGUUGUCACGACUCGGAUGUUCGUCGUCGAGGAGAUUACCUCGGAUAAGCUGGUGCGGAUCCAGGCCGAUGUCUGA